GCAGAGAGCCUGCAGUCUACCUCUGGUGGCCCUGGAGCGAGCAAGUGCGAGGCCGCUGCUCAACACGCUAAGUGCGGUAACCAUUUCGUCUGGACAUCGCCCAUACCGUCGUGGAAAGCCACACAGACUAUAGCCUGCUUAUUUCACCAACAUCUUGAUUCAUCUGUGGGCACUUCGCCUGAAGACCUUUUACACAGCCUAGCAACAUUCUUACAAUGACAGACACGGGCAAGUACUUUGCUAUCACGGCUGAGGAGGUGGCGUACGUCAGGAAGCAGCUGGGCACCAACGAGGAGGACAUCAAGACGGCUGUGACGUCACUGCGAGAGUGGCUCAGGUUGCAGCCACACUUACCUGACGCCGUAGACGACUCCCUCAUCGAGCGCAUGUACAUCAACUGCAAGUGCAGCAUGGAGAGGGUCAAACUGGGAUUAGACGCUUAUUUUUCCCUCAAAAACAGAAUUCCCGAGUUUCUAAUGAACAGAGAUGCAAGAGGAACCGACAUCCAGUUUGCAAUGGAGCACAUCAAAAUGAUGACGAUGCCACGACUCACAAAGGACGCGUACCGCGUCCACGUCAUCACCGCAGUGGACGAAGACUCAAUGAAUAUAAUUUGGGCCCCAUAUGGUAAGAUCCUGUCCAUUGCUAUGGAAGUUAUGUUCGUCGAGGACUAUUCUAUUGGAGAUGUGUGCAUCAUCGACAUGGCGAACGUAAAUGCUGGGCACGUAGUCCGGGCGGACAUCAACAUCAUCCGCAAUCUCGAACUCUGCUACAAGACUGCCUACUGCCGAAGGCUGAAAGGACUUCACUUCGUGAAUGCAUCCAAGAUUAUGGAUUCAGCCAUGAAAAUUGUUAAGAUGGCGCUGUCUGAGAAGUUGCAAAAGAGGGUGUUCGUGCACCUUCCAGGAUCGACAUCUCUGUUCGAUCAUGUGCAGCGUGACUGCUUACCAGACGAGCUGGGAGGCACUGCUGGACCUGUUGACAAACUAGCUUACCAGCUUAUUACUGGAGCCAACCGUGAGUGGCUGCUGGAGAAGGACAAGUACAUGUCAGACGAGAGCAGACGCCCCGCCGAGAACCGCUACGCCGACAACAUCUACGGCAUUGCAGGCUCAUUUAAAAAAUUGUCCGUGGACUGA